GAGAACAGGGAUCCCCUUUCUAGAGCAUAUGGCCGUUCACUGAAUGUCAAAUACAAUCGUAUGCGUUCUUUCCUCACUGAGCAUCGCGGCUGUCUUCACUUGUACAUAAAUGAACUUCGGCAGUUUGCAACAUCUCCUGGAGGGUUGGUUUCGGACGAAAUACGAGCUGUUAUAUGGCCUAUUCUAGAGGCUUGUCCAGAAGAUGAUUUGUUGUCGGCACCUUCAGUCUCUGAUUCAGAUUUUGAGUCAGCUCGUUCGAGCUUUUCUGAUGGUGAAGAAGAUGACCCAUUAACUCCCACCAUCGAGAGUAAGGUGACAUCGCUGUCGGAUUUGAAGCGUCAUGUGGAGUGGGGCCAAGUUGAACUGGACGUUAACCGAACAUUGGCGCGGUUUCCUCCCAAUAUAUCCGAAGGUCGUCGAAAAGAGUUGCAGGAUGAACUGACACCUUUAGUCGUGAGGAUUCUUCAUGAGUGCCCUCAGUUCCAUUACUAUCAAGGAUUUCACGACGUAUGCCUAACAUUGCUUCUCGUUUUAGGAGCAGAAUCUGCUGAGCGGGUUGGGCGCAAACUUGCUAGAUAUGGGUCAUUUAAAUGGUAUUUGUCGCAGACUUUAGAGGAUUCCGUGCUAAAAGAACUCAGUUUAAUGUACAUAAUGCUUUGGAAAGAAGAUUCAGAGCUUGAGCACGCUAUGCGUUCAGUGCAGCUGGGGGCUUUGUUCGCUUUGAGCUGGCCACUUACGUGGUUUUCACAUGCUCUACACCAUUACGAGCAGGUUGUUGUUUGUUUCGACUUAUUCCUUGCCGCCCACCCUCUUAUGCCAGUGUACCUUACCUCUGCCUUUGUGCUUUGGCGGGGAUCAGCUUUAUUAACUCGACCACGAGAGAUGCCUAUGUAUCACCACUUUUUAAAUAACAUGCCCGAUGAGAUACCAAUUGAAGCAUUAAUUAGCGACGCGCAGGCUUUGUAUAGAAUGAUGCCACCAGUGACACUACGUGGGUCGUUAUUUGAAAGGUAUCAUUCAUUUUUGGUAUUGAAGGCAGAACGCACACCUCUUCCAAAGACUUCGUUCAGUAAAUGGCUUGCAGCUGGCACUGCGACGGCAGCUCUGUAUUUGAUUUCACGUUAUUGGUUGUUUUAA